UCUGCGAGGAAAAUAAUUUUUUCCACCGUCUCCCUACCACUCCGCGGUUCCGCCUCCAGCCCUCCGCACCGUCCGAGACCGACCGACAUGGCCACGGCCGCCGACGCCCCUCCAGCCUCCCCUCCAGCAGCCGUGCUCCCGGCGCCGGUUCCUCUGCUCGUCGACAAAUGCAAUUAUAAAAACCGCUUGCAAGAGUUGGCUCAACGGGCACAUCAGAAGUUGCCAGUUUACCUUACUGAGAAGAAAGGCGACCAUCAUCAACCUGAGUUCAGAAGCACUGUUGAGGUGUGGGGUGACCAGUUUUCAUCAGCUCGUACUCAUGGUCGCAUCAAGGAUGCAGAGCAGGAUGCUGCCAGAGUAGCCUAUGAGAUCUUGGUGGCGAAGAUAAUGGACGCUGAUGCUGAUGUUACAGAUAUUCUUGGGCUGAUUGAUCAGGAUGUGCUGUUCUGCAAAUCAAUUCUCAAUGAAUUUGCUGUUAAGACAAAAGCCACUCAGCCCAAAUACUCUGUAGAUCGUCCACAAGGAGUAUCGCCCAUAUCCCUGUUUGUUUCAUCUGUGGUGUUUGAUGGGAAGACAUAUACUGGUGAAGCUGCAGUCAGUAAGAAGGAUGCAGAGCAGAAGGCAGCUCGUGCUGCAGUCAAAUCUAUUUUAGCUACAAAAAACACUUGUAUGAUGCAAAUUAUUAAAUCGAAGGAAAACCUUAUCACUGCGAUCACAGCUUCUGGGUACAACAAAGAAAGAGGAGAUGUAAGCCAGGAAAACUGCAAUGCUCCAAGAAACGCUAUAUCUCCUUUUUGUCCUAUUAAAUUUGUGCCCGCUGUUGGAUCUGCGUAUCCAACCGUUGAUCAAGGAGCCAACACCAUUCCAAAAGCUGGUCCAUCUGCCCAAGCUGUACCUGGUUCGAAGAAGCGCAAGAAGAACAUAACUACAUGACCAUAGGCUACAGAUGGAAGGGUUGACAAACAGAAUCUCACCCCUUGCGACAUGAGGUUUACAUGAGGCCUCGUCAUCAAUGGUGGUGGAAGUGAAGAGAUUUCUGACAAUGUGGUGAUGAUUGUGGAUUAUCAGUGGGACUCUAGAUUCCGUGAUUAGUUUCUGUGAUGUAGCUUCGUGGAUCUUCAGUAGCAUCCUUGUUGGAAUGACGUUUGUAAAAUUAGCCAUCUAGCCUGCAGGUUUCUAUGAUAUAGUUUUGCCCCCUGUCAGGGACUCCAGAUUUCUGUGAUGUAACUGGAGGUUCUAAUAGGUGGAAUCCUGGUGCUUAACUUAAUGCCAUAAUUAGCUUGUUGCUGAUGCGUAUGGUAUGUCUUGGUUACUUGUGGUUGUCUGUUCUUCAGACAAGCUACUGAGAUAAAUCCGCAUUACAAUAAAGUUGGAACUUAGGAUGCAAA